AUGGCGUCCAACAUGAUCUCGUCCAUCCUGCCACCGACAUCUCAGGGCUAUCUGCCCAUCUGGCUCUGGAUCGUAGCAAGUACUGCCUUGAUCAACGGCCUCGUCAAUCUCGCGACGCCCAACGCCCCCUCACCUUCCUCCAAGGGCAAGAAUGCAACAACCAAGGCCAACCCAUCACACAAAGUCUACUCCUCCCCUUCAGGCUCUCUCUCCUCCACGCCCCUCACAGCAAGGCUCUUUGGAACAUGGAAUAUCCUUUCAGCCCUUGUACGAUUCGCUUGCGCCUACCAGCCGAAGAACACGCCAGUCUACGCCCUGUGCGCUGCGACUUUCAUCCUGGCGCUGGUGCAUUUCGGCAGCGAGGCGGCGCUGUACGGAAAUAUCGACGUCAAGAAGGCGGGAAGUGCUAGUCCCUUUUUUGUGGCCGGAGGAAGUCUGGUCUGGAUGGUCGCGCAGGCCCAGUGGUACGCAGAGGCAUAA